ACAGAGCAAUAAAACUGUGUUUACGUCUGUGGUCUCGGUUUCUAACUGCUGUUCUGUCAAAACGUAUUUUCAGAUUUCAGAACAAUUGUUAAUUUGUUAUUGUAGACGAAUAUCGCUUGCAUAAAAAAUUAUUAUUUACCAAUUUUACUAUUACAUUUACUAUUUUUCUGUCUAGUUUUCACAGUGAAAAAGUAAUUUGACUGUAAACUAUCGUGAAGAAUCCGUCGCGAUGGUCUAAAAAAGUGCUGUUUGAACAACUAUACUAUUCUGGUACUGUUAUUUCCAGUGCCUACACGAAAGUUUAUAACGCGCACGAAAAAUAGUUUUCGGGCGCUAUUUAUAACACUUUCUAUAAAAGGUAAAGCACCAUGGCAGAAGCCCAUUCUGCUGUAGCGUUCUCCUUUGCCAUCACUCACGAUGGCUGGGAUGUGAACUUUGACCGGGAAGUCCUCUAUCUAGUGUGGGAGUCUGGGUUACGGUCUUGGAAGAAGCGCCUUGCCCGAUUCAGAAAUAGUAUUCACAAUGGAGUUUACCCAGGACAUCUCCAAUCUUUGUAUGUCCUAUGGACAUUACUGGUCGCUGCUCAUUUUGGUGGAUUCAAUAUACCAUUUGGAUUAGUACAAAAAGCUUUAACGGUUUUACCUAGCAAUUCUACAAUGUGGCAAGUGGUAGCGUGUUUGCUGGCAGCUCUGACUAUGUGGCUCACUGUUAUAUUUUUGAUGAGAUACUUACUUAAGAUACUACUAAUGUAUAAGGGGUGGAUGUAUGAAUCUCGUGCGCCGGGCUCGAAGAUAUCUCUAAGGACGAUUCUAUGGGUGAGCGUGGUGAAGGUACUGUCUGGGUGGAACAAACCAAGGUUGUACAGUUUCCAAGGGUCGCUGCCGAGACUCCCUCUGCCCACUGUUAAAGAUACUAUGAAAAGGUACUUGUUGAGCGUCCGACCACUUCUCGAUGAUGAUAACUUCAAGAGAGUAGAGAGGCUCGCUAAGGAAUUCGAAGAAACCAUUGCCGUGAAACUCCAGAGAUAUCUCGUACUAAAGUCAUGGUGGUCAAGCAACUACGUAUCCGAUUGGUGGGAGGAGUACGUAUACCUACGAGGUCGGUCCCCACUCAUGGUGAAUUCCAACUUCUAUGGAACGGACACUUUGAUGCGACCCACGUCUAUACAAGCGGCUAGGGCCGGCACUAUUAUACACUUUUGUCUGAGAUUCAGGAGACUUAUCGAGAGACAGGAGUUGGAACCGAUAAUGCUACAAAACAUGGUACCACUCUGUUCCUGGCAAUACGAACGUCUAUUUAAUACUGUGAGAGUUCCCGGAGUGGAGACGGACAAAAUAGUGCAUUAUCAAGAUUCAACACAUAUAACAGUGUACCACAAAGGGAAAUACUUCAAGGUCAUCGUGUACUCCAGGGGCAGACUGCUGAAUCCAGCAGAAAUUCAGAUCCAAAUCCAGCAGAUUCUAGACGAUAAAACGGAACCAGCAGUUGGUGAAGAGAGGGUAGGUGCAUUAACAGCAGGCGAGCGGUCGCACUGGGCUCACAUCCGUCAGACGAACUUCAACCGCGGACACAAUCGGACGUCUCUGCAUUGUAUCGAACGUGCUGCGUUCAAUGUUUGCUUGGAUGACAAGGAGUAUGGUUUCGACGAGAACGACCCAUCUACAUUGGACGACUAUGGCCAUGUGCUAUUGCACGGUAAAGGCCAUGACCGUUGGUUCGAUAAGUCGUUUAACUUGUGUUUCAGUACUAAUGGAGCUGUUGGAUUCAACACAGAACAUACUUGGGCGGACGCACCUGUUAUGGGCCACCUCUGGGAGUUCGUGAUUCUCUCUGAACUACAGUAUGGUUACUUGGAGGACGGCAAUGCCCGCGGGCCGGUAGAUGCUCCUCCCCCAGCAGCAAGUCGCUUGCAAUGGGAACUUACGAACGACGAGCUGCUGGCCAGCAUUGACAUGUCGUAUAGUGUGGCGCAGAAGCUACUCAACGAUGUGGACCUGAAGAUACUCAUGUUCACCAAGUAUGGGAAAGGAUUCAUGAAAGGUCUCCGCGUAUCCCCAGACGCGUUCAUACAAAUGAUCCUGCAACUUUCGUACUACCGUGAUGCCGGACAUUUCUGCUUAACCUACGAAGCGUCUAUGACUCGUCUCUUUAGAGAAGGUCGUACUGAAACCGUCAGGUCUUGUACUAUCGAGAGCUGUAAAUGGGUUAAGGCUAUGGAGGAUCCAAAUUCUACGAUCGAAGACCGCCUUGAGCUGUUCCUUAAAGCGAGCCAACGGCACCAGCUCGGCUACCAGGAUGCCAUGGCCGGUCGUGGUAUUGACAGACACCUGUUCUGUCUCUACGUGGUCUCCAAGUAUCUGGAGCUGGACUCGCCCUUCCUCCAGGAGGUGUUCAACGAGCCCUGGAGGCUUUCCACCAGUCAGACACCAUAUGGUCAAACGAGUCUCAUGGACCUCAAGAAGUACCCGAAGUGCGUGGGCGCCGGUGGGGGGUUCGGUCCCGUUGCUGACGACGGUUACGGCGUCUCCUACAUCAUCGUCGGUGAAGACAUGCUGUUCUUCCAUGUGUCCAGCAAGAAGAGCUGCCCGAUCACGAGCUCAAGCAACUUUGUGAAACAAAUCGAGAGAUCGCUCAACGACGUCCAAGCACUCUUCAAUGAGUACAAGAAAAUAAAAGGCACCUCCAGUAAUAGUAAAUAGUUUUAAUUUAAAAAAAUCAUUGUUCUAGCUUAAGUUCAAUUUUGUUGUUGUUAUAAUGCUUGUAGAUUAUAUAUCUGUAACAAUACUUAGCUAAUUUUUUAGGUUUAAGAAAAUGAGACACAAUCUUUUGUUUGGAAAUAAAACACUAUAUUUUAUAGGGUGUAACGCGUUGUGUAACUAUGUUUUUUGAUGUUUUGAAUUCUCUGAUUUUUUGCAACAAAUCAAUGCAAAUAUUCUUUACUUUACAAUGCUUGAGGUUAAUGGUGAAAGUUUAAAACUGUGUUAAUUUUAUUAGGUGUAAGUAUAUUAUGAGCAUUUAAAUCAGAAAUCGCUACUAACAAUGUUAUUUACAAGAGUGUUGUUAACAUCGUACAUUUAAAUGAUGGCUUACAACUUUGGUGACAUAUCAUCAUACAAUUUGUUGUCAAUAUCUGUUACUCGUUUCUUACUUAAUUCUCACAUUAAAUAUAAUAACUAUAUACGAGCGGUGUUUAAUGUGUGACUGUUAAAGAUCAAAUAUAUUAAUUAAAAAUAGUGACGUAUUUUUGGAGGAUUAUUGUAUAUUUUUUCGACUAUCAACUUUAACGAGUUUGUGGUAUCAAGUAAGUGUAAGUUUUGAUAUUAUACAAAUAUUAUAAAUAUACACGAUUGGCUAGAUCUGUCUGGUUUAUGUGUAUGGUAAUGGAAUAUUAGUUAUUAAGAUUGUAUCGAAUUUGUCCAUGUUACUUUACGAAUUGAACUCAUCACACCCACCUUAUACACUAUUUUGCACCCUUUUCUAUAAAUAUAUGUAUAUAAGAUCGUUCCUGUGCUCAUAUAAAGAAUUUUAUAGCGUUUAAAUAUAUCUUUAGAAGAAAUUUUCAUGUAUUUAUACAUUUUAUAAGCUUCCUAACGCAUAAUAUUCGUAUUAUCGUUCAAUGAAAUGUCAGGUUUAAGAGAAAUCAUGGUACAAAUAUUGCAAUGACAAGAACUAACAUUUUAACAGAGCUAUUUAAUAUCAAUACUUGUAGUUGAAUAAUCGGAGUAUUGAAUUUUUAACUUUUUUUUUAUGAAGUGAAAUCAAGUUUCUUAUAUUUUUAAGGUUUUGCUAUUAUUUUGUGGUAUCUAUAUUUUUGUUGUUUGUUAACCUGAUGAAAUACUUAACAUAGUUCGUCUUAACAUAAUUCUGUCCAGUUAGAGUAAAUGUACAUUAUACACGUUUGCAGUGUGCAGGCAUUGAAGUUCAUGUACACAUUGUUACAACUCCUAUUUUAAUGACUCAUUAGUAUUAUUUAUGUUGUUGCAGAUUUUUCAUCAUUAGUGUAAUUAUUGAUCAAAUUUUGAAUAAAUAGUUCGUAUAUUUA